GAUUGAACCACUUGUUUGCAGGAGCUGGUAGCAGCGAGGCGAUGGCCAAACUGGUCCAGUCCAGAACCAAGUUCCUGCCCCAGGAGUGGCACCUAUCGAACAAGAGCCGCUACAACGAUGCCGAGGUACAGCGCUCCCGGUCUGAGCGCCUGGUCUUGGAGAGCGAGAGGCUGGUGGGAGAGAUCGAAAACAGCACCAGGAAAACCCAGCGAGACGUCAACAAGAAGCUCGAUCAAAGGAUUGAAGAGGUCACUUACUGGGAGAAAGAACUUAACACCAAGCUUGAGGAGCUCACAGAUGAGACAGAACUCUUGAUGGGUCAGAAGAUCCGCUUGGAGAAAGCUCUGGACAGUUACUGUGCCCUUCUCUGCAUCGCUCAGCAGUGCUUGCUCAAUCGAGAGAAGCGGGUUGGGAUUGAUUUGGUCCAUGACGAAGUGGAGAGGGAGCUGCUGAAAGAGGUGGAGGUGAUCCAGGGGAUCAUGGCUCUACUGAAACGCACCAUUGACCAAACAGAGGAGCAGCUCAGGUUAAAUCGUUCCGCUAAGUUUUAUUUGGAGAAAGAUUUGAAAGACAAGUCCGUCGCUCUGAAGCUGGACAAGUUCACUGCAAACCUGACCAACAACUCUCCAAGCAUUGUAUACUCGCCCAAUGUGGUCAGGAUCGAGGGAAACUCGGUCACGCCCCAGGAGUGGCAAGAUUUCACCAACAGAAAUAUCAUAAAUGCUGACAAACAGAAAACUAACUCGAUGGCUAUGCGUUCCCUGAUUGACGAUAUCUUAUCACAAACUACAGAUGACAUGCAUAAACAAGUGGAGGCUGUGAACCGUGCCUUUAAAUUCCGCAUUCAAGAAACAAGGGAUGCCAAAUGCAAACUAGAAAAGCAUUUGAGUAAGGUGCUGGAUGAGAUUUCCUCGCAGGAAAAGAACAUUGACCUGCUGAGAAAGGCCAUUAUGGACGAGGAAGGACCCAUGAUGGUGGCUCAGACACGGCUGGAUACACGGACUAAACGGCCGAACGUGGAGCUGGUCCGAGACCCAGCACAGUACCGGCUGGUCUCGGAGGUGAAGGAGAUCACAGACGAUGUCAGCAGGCUGCAGCAGACUCUGGCUCAGGCCGAAGCUGAGUUGCGAGGCCUGCGACGGAACCAGCUCUCCUUGGAGGAAGAGAUCGAAAUCAAGACCAACAGCUUGUAUAUCGAUGACGUUCAGUGUAUGAACCUGAGGAAUUCCAUCUCUGUCAAUCACUUCUAAUAAUACAGGAGCACAUCUCCAUGAGAUUGUCAGCACUGUCAGAGUGAGAAAUCUGAUUUAAUGUACCAUAAAGAGCAUUUUAUAAUUGUGAAGUUGCCCUUUAUUUGUAUUUCUUUCCCCGUCCUACUGUAUCUAUAUAUAAUUGUCAGAGUAACAAUAAAUCCUUUUAAAAUUA